GACACCGAAAGUGAAGGAUAUUUGGAAGUCGGUAUGAGAAAAAGUAUAGCUUUUCUAGAUCUUCUGCUGCAGUCUACAAUCGAUGGUAAGCCAUUAAGCAAUGAGGAUAUACGGGAAGAAGUAGAUACUUUCAUGUUUGAAGGACAUGAUACGACCACUAGUGGUCUCGCUCACACUUUAUAUCUGCUUGCUCGUCAUCCCAACGCACAACAGAAGGCCUACGAAGAAGUUCAACAAGUGUUAAACAAAUCCAAAACUGAACCGAUUACUAUGAAAGACUUGCAAAACUUAAAGUAUUUGGAAUGUGUCAUUAAGGAGGCAUUGCGUUUACAUCCUUCAGUGCCCUUAGUAACACGUGUUUCAGAGGAAGAAUUCAAAAUCGGAGAUUUUACUCUGCCGCGCAAUACUCAUGUAAUUCUACCCUUGUAUGCUGUCGGUCGUGAUCCUGAAUAUUUUUCGAAUCCUGACGAUUUUCUGCCCGAACGUUUUCUAUCGGAGAAUACUACAAAAAUGCAUCCGUUUGCUUUUGUCCCCUUCAGUGCCGGUCCACGUAAUUGUGUGGGACAAAAAUUUGCUAUGCUUGAAAUGAAAAUGAUUAUCGGCAAAGUAUUGCGAGAUUAUGAAAUAUUGCCUUUGGGACCCGAUAUUAUGCCAAUAAUGUCUUUAAUUUUACGUUCAACAACAGGUAUGAAUCUGGGUCUAAAACCACGCGCAUAA